CCCAUUCCCUUCCCGUCACAGCGUCCUUAAACUUGACGCGAAUGGUGUCAUUACACACCAAAUGUUUUUAAAUAGGCCACUACAGGUGAGAACUUUUACGGCUUUCUACUUAAUAAUAUACCUAUUUAGGCAUAUAUUUGUUUACAAUUUAAAAAAAAAAAUUAAAACAAAUAUUAUUUGUGUUGAAAUAAGAGUUAUCAAUAUCACAACAACCCGUAAAGUUAUGGGGCAGGCAUGCUAUACUAUCAUCACUAAUAAAGUAAUAAAUAAGGACUCAACAAAAUGGCGGUACAGGUGCCAACCAGGAAAUGCCAUAAUUAAAUUGAAAAUCAAAUAUAUCUGUUUAUCUACGGGUUUCAUAUGCUAUAUUUUUUCAAAGUGCAUAAAAUAAGGAAUUAUGAAUAAUCUUUUAUUUAAGUUUAUUCUGUAAUUUAAAAUAUUUGCAAAGGCAUAGGCCAAGAAAUAUGUAGAAUGUAGGCAAUACUAAUAAUAUUAAUAAUGACUGUAAUACACAGUAUAAAUAAUGUAUAGUACUGAGACUACUGAGAGUCUUAAUAGUAAUAUUGUAAAAAUAGUGAAAUAGAUUGAGUCAAUCAUUUUAUUGAAAAGCCAUCAUCUUUACAUUUGUAUCACUAUAAUUUAUUUUUAUCUUACUAUUCAUUUUUCCCUUAAAGAAUUAAUAUUAGCUAGUUGUAAUUAUAAGAAUAAGAGAGGUAUUCAAUUGGGUGGCUUUCAUUAAACAUCUCUCUCACACUUACUCUAUCCCGUGUAUCCUCUAAACCAGGUUUCCCCAAAUGGUGGUCAGUGCAACAUAAAAAUUGAUGGUUUUAAUAUAAUUAUUCAAUAAAUCUGGCCUUGGUCCCUGGUGCCAUUUCAAAACUGGUCCGCCAAUCCAACAAACUUAAUGGCUUGUUGGGAAAUGCUGCUCCAGACCAGUCGUUGGCCUACUGGCGGUAUUCAUAUGAUUCAUACUGUCUAAGGCUAGUCACCUACACACGUUGGCCUACUGAUAUUCAUACGAUUCAUACUGUCUAAGACUAGUCACCUACACGCAUUAAAACAUUAACAGUCGUUCUGGACGGUACAUUUUCAUGACUUGUUACGUAAGCCUUUAGGUUAAUAGCAUUUGGCAAAGACUAGUUUUGAGAAACUAACUUAAACUGGCAAGGGCAUCAUGAUGGUAAUCUUUAAUAAUAAAGCAAAUAAUCCCAGGCAGAUGGCAUUUGUGAUGUCAACAAUCACUCAAGUCAUCUGUCAGGCAUGGUAUCUACAUAGGAGCUGUUUAUGGAUUUAGAGAUACAAUUUUCCCUGUUCUCCAGUUCUGAAAAAUUGGAAAUGAGUGAAACAAAGUAGGGGAAAACCUGAAAAAAGGAUGCAACAAAUUAACAAAUAUCUUGGAAGGAAUCCUUCAGGGCAAACAAACAACAGUUAAAAACAAUAUUAAAUAAAAAUAAACACUCUGCUUCAAUGUAGUAUCCGCGAGGACAGCAAGAGGAAUGUGCUGAAAAAUUGCAUGAUUUUUUGAAGUUACAUCCCCUUGUUUUGAACACCAGUCAUCACAAUUUAACAAUAUUUAGUAGGAUAUAAUCAAGGCCUACAAAUUCAGAGAUGUUUCUAUGAUUUUUCUGGGUAAUAAGAAGAAACAGUUUGAAAGAAGUGAUUGAUUAAAAUACUGUGUUUAAGUGUUAGUUUUUUAUAUAUUUUUACAGUUGUAUUUGGAGAAAAGUUAAGAAUUUUGUUUCUAAAUUUUUUUGUCCAGAUUUGCAAAAUGUGGCUAGAAUUAGCUUGCUGGGCGCUUCUAAUUGCGCUUACGGCCUCACAGUCUGGUGGAGGGCCGCCGCGAGAAGAAAACUGCCUCAUUGACACAAGUGUUGGAUGCUCAUAUGCACGAUCACCGUAAGCUUUAAGAAUCAAGAAAGAAAAAUUGCAGACUUUUAAUAACAAAACAUGUUGAGUGAAUUUUAAAUGAAACAGUAAUUGUGUUGUUUUGGAUUUAGUUGUAAAAUGUUUUUCCUAUCACCAUUGUUUUCUCUACCAGACAAUACCUCAUCAUUGCCCCGAGGAAAAUAAGACCCAAUCAGGUGUUUCAGAUAUUUGCAACAAUUCUAAGGAUGGAGUACAAGCAGGAGUUUGUGCAUGUCAUAGUGUCCAUCAUCAAAGGAGACACAGAAUAUGCUAAUACCGCUUUACGCUUUGACCGGCCAUCCAGUCGUAUUAUGCAGCUACAGGUAAAUUAAACAGUUCAUUAAUGAGGACAUUUGAUGAUGAAAAUAUUCCUUAAAAGAUGUUGAGUUGUCCGAUAAAGUAUUUAAAUGAACUUAGCGCGAUAUUAUUUUGCUAUUACUGUUGUUAAAUUAAAACCUUUAACUUGCUUGAAAUAUAAAUGACUUUAUUCAUUUGUUCACUUGAUUGUCGAAUUGUAAGACAAAGAUGAGAAACAAAAUGUUUGCCUUUUUUCUCAUUUAUUGUUCAAUAUCCUAAUAAAUUUUACCCCGAAAUUUUGACUAUAGGUUUGGCCUUUUGGUAAUGUUUAACACACACAGAACCUGUUACGUAAAUAUUAUAUAAUUUUAUAUUUCUCUUUGCAUUUUGUAUUGAAUUUCUAGAUGCCAUCUAAUGCACAAGAAGGACAGUACAGGCUCAGGGUAGAGGGUCGUCUAAAUGAACAAGACACUGGUAACAUCUGGCAGAAUGAAACAGACAUUGACUUCAGCACCAAGCAAGCAUCUCUCUUUCUGCAAAUGAGCAGGCCUCUUUACAGACAAGGGCAGAGAGGUUAAAGCUCUUUUAUUGUAACAAUUUAAUUAGAUGUUAGUUUACAAAGGAGAGCAGGCAGUCAAAAAUAAUUGAAUUUAACAGUCCACUGUAUAUCAAAAUCUAAUUUAGACUAUAAUAGUUCACUUUACAUAGACUUUAAUAGUCCACUUUACAUAGACUUUAAUAGUCGGCUUUACAUAGAUUUUAAUAGUCUGCUUUACAUCAAAUCUAAUUUUACACUUUAAUAGUCCACAAUUUUCAAAAUCUAAUUCCAAACACAAUUACAGAAAUUGCACUAUCUAAAAUGCUGCAAAAAUGUUAUUUCAAGAUGUAUAGGAUGACAUGAGCCUAAAUGUUUCUGCUUUAGUAGACAUUUGUUUGCGUCAUGCUUGUUCACUGUUUAAUAAAUGUUAGUUUAGUUGUUAGAAUAUAACCAUGCAAAUAUCAUACAUUUCACAGUACAAUUCCGCAUCAUCCCUAUUUUACCCAAUAUGAUGCCCAAGUAUGGAAGCAUGGUUGUUUACGUUGAUGUAAGUUAUAUAUGUAAUUAAACAUUCAAUAGAGUAUAAUUAUAUUUUUAUACAAUUUUAUGUUCAAAUAAUUUUAGAGUUUAACAUUUUUAAUAUUUUUUUAAAAUAUAUUUUAUUAAAAAAUUUGUAUAAUUGAUAAAAGAUGUAUCCACUGAAAAUUAGUAUUGAUUAUUAAUAAUUAACUCCCAGGAUCCUACUGGCAUCCCUGUACGGCGCUGGCAAGGUUUGCAGACUAAUGCUGGAGGUAAGCUUCAAGCUUUAGUAGCCAUUAUUAACAUGAAAGCAAUAGAUUAUAUUUUUAGUUUUAUAUUAGUAAUUAUUAGUUAAAAUUUCUGGAACUCCCUAUAUGGAUAUAUUAACCAAAAUGUAUUUUCAUUUCUGUAUGUUAUUACACCUUCAUUAAAAGGACAGCCAUCAUUUACAUGGAAUAUCUAAUGUUCAUUCUUUUUUGACCAGGCAUUGUGAGUCAGAGCUUUAUGCUGUCAGAUCAACCUAACUUUGGAACUUGGAACAUCAGAGUUGAUGCCUUCGUAAGUUGAAUUAAGGGCAGAGGGUUAAGAAGAUACAAUUGUUCACAGAAUACAUUGAUUUCAUUAGGCAAAUCCUUGGCUGUUGAAAGAUUAACUGGUAGAUGCUGUCUCAGACUAUCUUUAGUCUACCCUUAGCCUUAGUGUUUGUCCAUAAUCUUUUAGGAUCUCAUACUAAAUUUACAGUCUUUUUUCUUCUCCUGGUGCAUAAAUGUUUAGGGCUUCAUUAAAAUAUAUAAUUUUAAAAUCUUUGACAGGGUCAUAUUUACAGACAUCCAUUCAUUGUGGAAGACUUUUGUAAGUACAUAUAUAUAUAUAAUAAAGAUACAACAGUUUGAAAUUAAUUUGAAAUUAACAUUUUGUAAGCAUUUAUUUAACCUGUCAUAUGCUAUAUAGCAGUUAAAAACACCACAAAUGCAACUAUGUUUUUUUAUUCUGAAUCUUCUUCAACUUUAUGCAGUGCAACAUUCUUUAAAUUAUUGGAUCCAGGUCUAAAGAAGUUUCCAUUUUAAACUUGAUUAUCUACUUUCAGGGGAGCCUCGCUUUGAUGUGAAUGUAUCAGUGCCUCCUUAUGUUAUGGAGACCCCAGAUGUUAAGAUCAGUGGAGUAAUGUUAGCCAAGUGAGUCCAUCCAUUUAUUGUUAUGUAUUUUUAAAGCAAACAUUAAGCUUAAAUUGGGUAACGGUGGUGAGAGAGAGUUGUCAUUUUUCGUAUAUUCCAUCAAGAACUAUAUACCCAGUCAUGGCUUUUCAUGUUUGUUUGCUAUUUUUUUGGUGCAUAUUUGAGGAAGUCCUUUGCUUUUCUUUCUCCAGAUUAGCAUUAUAAAUAUUUACAUUGUAUAAAAUUUCAAAGAUAUGAAUUUAAUUGAAAAUGCAAUUUUCAAAAAAAGAAUUCCAACUCUUAGAGAAUAUUGAAAGUUUAGCAUUUAGAAAAAUAUUUAGUUGAUCUUCAUUAGAACUCAUAGAUACCGUUUAUAUUCUUGUGUAUGUCGAGAAAUUGUAGACGAUAAAUUCAUUUUAAAACACAGAGUUGACUUAACAGCAGGUCAGUGCUAGUUUCAAUAGAAUUGAGUACAUUGAAUGCUGGGCAGUUUAGAGUGAAUUGUGAAUUGCAUGACUGAAAUCUGAUACUAAGCCACAUGUGUCCUAGCUCACUGCUGAGUCCGUCAGCUUCCAUCAUUUGGAGGAGUGAGGAUUCUGGUAUAAAUCGUGGGUAUGUCACAUGAUCACCCAUUUCAAGAAAGCGUUGGCCCAAUGACACUGGCUAUAGUUUAGUAUACAGUGCAGUGAUUGCUGCUAGGUAAAAUCUGACAAAAUUAUACACAUCCCAGAAUUUCAUAGCCCCAAGUUCUACCCUUAACUUAUUCAAGAGUCAUAACAUAUUUCAUAAUUGUUGGUAAAAAAACUGCCCUCAACUUAUAGGCGAGAUUGACUUAUAGACGAGUAUUUACGGUACUUAUCUAUGGAUGGUUAUUGCAUGUCUGUACAGAAUGAGGGAUUGUCAGAUGUGACAUUACUCUUCUUGUUUUAUUUGGAUUACAAACUUCAUUGACAAACUUCUGUCAUUGUGUCUAGAUAACUUUGAUUUUUGAAACAGAAAUUAUUUUUUUAAAAUACCAGCAUUCUAUUCAGUAUGUUUAUGAGUUUUUGAGAACAUGACUAUUUAUUCCAAUUUAUUUUAAUUUAACCUUGCUCAUCUCAUUUUUUUAAAUAUUAUUGAAUCAUGACUAUUUCAAGAUUUUUUAAGAAUGACAAAAUAAUUUCAUUUGUACUUUAUAAACAUUUAUUUUAUGUACAAAAUAAAGCAUUUACCAAACCAGAAUGUUUGAUCUAAAUAGUGGUUAUUUUCUUAUAUUUAUAAUUAUGCUUCAUUUUCACUGCCUUCUAUUGCUUCCAUCAACCAGCCACACAAGUGGUCGACCUUGUGUAGGCAAUGCCUCUGUUACUGCAUUCUUCCGACCUCGUGAGGAAAUUUGGAAUAGAACAAAAGGCUGGGAAAAGCCUUAUUGGGAUGCACAAAAAAGUGGAUUUAACCAGAAAUCUGGAAUACCAACAGAGCUUCCGGAUUAUAAGCCUGUACACUCAAUCCCAGUUAAAGACUACUACAUGUAUUUUGCUUAUGAAUAUAGAUUCAUACAAUAUGUAAGUUGAAUUUUUGGGUUUCAUUAAAACUUGCCUCUAUUCAUGUAACUCUGGCACUUCAAAAUCAACAGUACACAUUUAUUUAUAACUUUAUAAGUUUACCACUUUUAAUUUAUAUUCUGUGUGCAUAAUUGUUUAUUUUGUUUGCAACUUUAUUGCAUUAUCAGUUUAUUUAUGGUUUUAAUUCUUAAAUUUUUCUUUGUCCUUUUGACAAAAAGGAGCAUGCGUAAAUAAAUAUAGGUCUAACUUUUGUUGGAAAUUUUUUUGUUGGUUAAAGAAAAUUAAAUGAUAUCCAAUAAAUUAAUGUAUUUGAGUGUGUUUUCUAACAUUGCGCUCUAGAAGAAAUGCACAUAAAGGAUAUCAGUGGUUAAAAUCUCAAAUAGUAAAAAAAAAAGUAUUAAUUUAUUUGCUCUAGUCUUUAAUGAAAAAAAUCAAAUCUUUAUGCUUUCAGUUUGAGGGUCGUAUAGACUUUGAAUGGUCACUUGAAGAGUUAAUGAAUAUAGCUAAAAGAGGAGGAGAAAGUGGCUCACUAGUGGACAGUGAAUUUGUCUUCUUUGCCAAUGUCUCGGAUUGGUAUUCAGGUCUAAAUCGUACAGGAUGGGCAGGGACUAUAUUAUUUGAUUCAAAAAUUAAACUCAAGUGGGUCGGAGAUCCUAUCAGAACAUUCAAACCAUCAUCAAUUAUGAGAAUUCAGGUGUGCAAAAUAGUUAUUUCAUCAUUUUUAAAUGAAUACCGUUAGUUCAAUAACUAAUUGUACUAUUAACAUUUUAUUUUAAAAUAUUUAAUUCAAUUUUAUAUAAUUUGUUAACACCUUUAUUUAAAAAGUUUUUUCUGAUUGAGGGGUCCAUAAAAAUUCAUGAGCUUCUUAAAGCUUGACAUUUUUAUUACGCUUUAAAAAAAAAUCAAGUGUGCCCCCAAUUCAAAUUUUACUAUACCUCAUGCUUAAACGUGUUUCACUCUCUUGAUGAAUAUCUUAAACUGAACUUGAAAUGAUUAUAAUACUUGUUCAUUUUGUCCAGGUGGCAGUGACAAAAUAUGAUGGCACUCCUGUUGAAACUGGUGGCACUGUUACUCUAACUGAUCUCAUCACAGACAAUACAGGACAUAGUGGGCGACUCUCUGGACCUCAGACCAGAACACCCAAAAAGGGCAUUGCUGAAUUUGAGUAUACCCUUAGUGCCUCAACCCAGACGGUUUUACUCACUGUAAGUAAUUUGAAUCACAGCAAAUCUAUUGAUCAAUCAGGAUUUUUUUUUUUGGGAUGCACCCAAUAUUUGAUAAGUGCCAAACAGUGCUUUCAAAAGAUUUUUAAAUUAGUGAGCCUUUAAACAUCCAAUAAAAAUGUUCAACAACAGCAUGCAAGAGAUUAAAAAUGUUGCAUACAAAAUUAUCCAGGUAGAAUUAGUAUGUUCUUAUCAGAUAUUUUCUUGGCCUGACAGGAAUGUUCGUAAACAGCCAUAAACUAGAAUCUGAAAGUUGAAAGAAAGCCUAUUGGCUAUCAAUAUUUUAUGUGUCUGAAUGACAACUCGUUCUGUUUGUAUCAGUUAUUUGUAGUCUUUUGAUGGAUAACAAAAGACAUCUAUUCUAUGCAAUUCUAUUGUCAUUUAAUUCUAUUUAAAAAUGAGGGCAGUUAAUUCGUGUUUAACAGAUUAAUGGUGGAUUUUUUGCUUGGGAGGCUAAAAAGAUUACAAAAAUAGAAUAUAACAUUUUGAUCAAUUAAUUUUUUGUAGAAAAUCCUACACUAUUAAAAAAAAAGCAAAACACAUCAAUAAUCAUUUUUUUUAAAUUUUGCUAAUUUAAGUGGAAGCAUCCAACUGAACAUUUACCGAAUCAUUAUUACAAAAAUUGUACAUAGUGCUAAAAAUAAUGAGUAAAAAAAAUUUCAAUUAUGCAUGGGGCAUUAAUUUUACUAUCCUUGAUGUCUUUAAUAUAAAUAGAAUUACAUAAUUUUCCCCCACUUAGCUUGCAAGUUUAUUGAAAAUUCAUUGAAUUACAAUCUCUUCUGAUUUAACCAUUUUGAAUGUUAAGUAAGUUUUAGUUUUGGAACCAUUUUAAUAUUUCUAUAAAUAUAAUAUUCCUUUUGUUAUUCACUUUUCAGGCAACUUAUUUAGAUGCAAGAAAACAAUACAGUGGGGACAAUAAGAUAUACCUUGACCCCAGGUUCAACAUCGGCAACACUGCACCGAUCUCACUUCGUGCAUAUCGCUACUAUUCGCCUACCAACUCUUAUGUCACAAUCUUGACAUCCACUGAUAGUCCACAGGUACUUUAUUGAUUCUCACAUUAUUUUGUGGAUUUUAAAAUUAUGACUAGUUCCCUGAAGUCUAUUAUUUUCAAAACCAACUCUUUGUAUAAUCUAAUAUUUAAUCAAAUUAAAUAAAAGUAUUCUAGUAGAUAUAAUUUUUUGUUUUUUCUUGUACUAACUGGCGAUAAUGGAAAUUAAACCUUAAUUUUUUUUAUUAUUUUAAAAAAAAAAAAAAAUGUUUAUGAAAUCAUUGAAAAAAUAUCUAAAUUAAAGGCAUGAAAUGUAUUAAAUUGAGAGUAUAAAAAAAUAUUAAUUCAAAAUUAGAAAUGAUCCACUUUUGGACUAAUAUGUGAAUUUAAUUAAAAUAGCAAGUAUGUAACAUAAAAUUUUUUAAAAUUUUAAAAUCUGUUAUUGAUGUGGUUAAAUCCUAAAAUAAAAAUAAUGGAUGGUUCAGUAUAUUUUUAUCAGGCAUGUUGAAAAAUUUUUAUGAUAUCUGCCUCUCUACCAAUUUUUCUGGGAUAGUCCAUAACUAUAUGUAAAUAGCAUUGUGGAAACUUGACAACUGAAAACUUUUGUGAUUUUCAGAUUUUAUGGACAAUAAUUUUAAAAUAUUUCUAGAUUACAAUAAAAUAUAUGCAAUUUUCUACAUAAAAUAUGUUUUCAAUAUGUCACAGGUCAAUGAAUACAUGGUCUUCCAUAUUAAGACGAGCAACUUUGUUCCUAGGAUAUACUAUCAGGUAAACGUAACAUUAUUUUAUCUUCAACGUUGCAACAAGUUAGUUUUAAAUAAAUGCAUUUUUUUUUCUAUUUAAUAUGCUCUUUUUAUUGUUUUAAAAAAGUAAACUGUUGUGCAAAUACAAAUUUACCUGAAUUGCAUUUUGACAAUUUGUUCUAAAUAUUUCUGAGCCUUGGAGUCAUAAUUCGGUGGAUGCACAGUAAGCAAUCCAAAAGCAAUAAUAAAUUUUGUCUUUUAAUGGUAAAUUGUGCAACUUGAAAAGUUUGUAAAUCACUCGUUUAGACCUGAUUAAGGCUUAUAGUGUUUAGCAGAAGUUUUGUAUAGCAGCAGUUUUCAAGCAGUGUGUAAGCAAAAUGUAGAUAAUGCGAGGUGUGUUACAAGAUAGGGAUAUAACUAAUAAAAUUUCAGUUGUCAAAAAGUUUUUUGUGCAUUAUACUCGGCAAGUUUGACCUCAUUUGAGUUAUCAAUUACAAUAAUUAUUUAAUUUUAGAAACUAGUCAUCACAAGACAAAUUUUUUAAAUGCUAUACGGGAGUGCCACAGAAUUUUAGAAAAUAGUUUUUAGUGUGUUUGAAGAUGCAAUUGAAAACCACACGAUAAAAUUUUUUAUUUAACUUGCACACAAAUGUUUAUCACCAGAUUGUUGCACAAAGUAACAUCAUCAUUGGUGAUCAACUUGAAAUGACCUCAAGACAAAAGACCUUUGCCAUAGCUCUGUCAAGAGAGAUGGUUCCUACAGCUCGUCUUGUUGUUUACUACAUCAGACAGCCAGAGGAAAUCGUCACUGACGUAUUGAACUUCUUUGUUAAUGGAACUCGUCAAAAUCUGGUAAGGAAUUAUCUUAGAGGCCGAUUAAAUUUUGGUUUCUGCACCGAAAGUUGCUAUAAGAUCAUUUUCAGUGUCGUUUUAUUUUCUGCCGAAACAGGAAAGUUAACUUUUGGCUGAUUUGUGGUUUCGGUCGAAAGUGAUUUAGGCUUUGGUCAUCUAAUAGAAUUCCAUACUGUUACUAUAUGUAUCUGUCGCCCAGCAAUCUGAUAUCCAUUAUUGGACACAAAUGAAUAGAAAGAGAAUAAAGAACCUUUAGUAAUAUUAAAAACUAUAAUAAUUUAUUUCAAUUUUGUUUAAUUUAAAUCAUAAGCCUACACACACGUGUGCAUGUAUCACUGUUUCAUAUAAGAAUUAUGUUUUAUUAUACUAAAAAGGAGCUCAACGUUCGCAAAACUUUUUUUCAGUCUGGGUGGAAUCUAGAAUUAGCCGACCAAUUAUAAUUGGGGAUAAAUGAAAAUUUUAAAUGUCGAAAAAUAAGAACAUGUGUUUAAACAAAAAUGUAUGGGUUAACAGAGAAAAAAAGAGUUCCUUCGAGGCUUAUGUCUGGACAUUUUAGUGGGUGGUACCAUGAAACAAUCGAUAGCUUUCAGUUUAUACCAAAUAUAUCUAGGUAGCAUCGUAAUUAUAUUAUAAAAGUAAAGGACGUCCAGGGGUCUAUUUUGCAGGAAUUUUGGCCAAGUCAAAUUUUUAUCUUACUAUACUGCUUUAAAAUAGAUUUUUAACAACUAUAAAUUUCUUUUUAAUGCUAAUGGUAAAAGCCAAAGUAUUUAUUAGAUGUUUAUCUGGAGGCGCCACCCCUCUCUUAAAUUUUUUUUUUGGUUCAAUGUGAGAGGAGGAAUUUGGAAAUGGAAAUCUUUAGGUUUCAUUUUCAGCCGGAAGUCUUAUUUUGCUUUUAGUUUCUUCAGAAUUUCAUUUUUUAAUGUUUGGUUUCGACCAGUUGCAAAGAAUCCCUUUUUGUCUGUCUCUCAUUUAUCUCAGUUUUUUUUUUGUUUUUUAAAGAUCUUGUUGUAGGCUACUUUUCACUUGAAAGAAAGUGCAUCAUGUUUAGUUAUAAAAUCUAAUUUCUUUGCUAAUGAAGGACUUCAUAAUAUUUUGUUGUCACUUCUGAUAUUAAGUUUCAGCGUAAUAUUUAUGAAAUCUAUGUUAACUGAUUUUUUUUUCUUAGAAAUGCUGCCUUUUUAUGUUAAAACUGGGAUAAAUUGUUAUAAAAAUAUAAUGAUAGAUAUCUUGGGAUAUCAAAGCAUUUCCUGGCAAUUAUAAAUUUAUAUGAUAUUUAAUGUGCCUCUACAUUUAUUUUAAACAGGUGACACUUAGUAUUAACCGUGGAAAGGACUUCAGUCGGGACACCAUUGAAUUUAAUGCUUAUGCUGACCCGGGAUCUUAUGCUUCCUUCAGCGGUAUGCUGUUAGACUUAUACAGCCGAGGUCUGAGUGAUGGCAUCACAGAGAACAAGGUUUGUACUACUUUUUUUUUUAAAAUUCAUCCACUGGUUGUACACCAAUAAGGAUGAUGCUUUUAAUUAGUUUAGGGUGGUAAGAGGUCCUUCAUUUCUCAGCUGCAAAAUUGUGGCAAGUAUUGAUAUUAAGAUAAAACCAAAAUAUCCUUUGUACAACCCACAGUUCAUUAUUUUGACAUAUUAAAUAAAUUAAUCAUUUUAAGAGUAAACGGUUACAUACAAUUCAUUUACAGUGUGAGAAAGAGCUCACAUAUUAAGUCUUUUAAACAUAACUAACUACUGUUGUAAAAUUAUUUCACUAUUUAAUAAAUUGUUUAAUUAAACAGCUGAUUGAUGAGUUGAUGACUUAUGAUGCAACUACCAAUGGAAGCUAUCGCCAGUUGUGGAGAACAAGUGAUACUGAAUAUGAAUAUGUAUUUUACAAUGGACCAGAUUAUGGAAUAGAUGCUAAUACAAGUUUUCUUGUAAGUUCCCUUGAAAGUGUGCUGAGGCUUGAUGCUGAUGACAGCAGUUUUGUAACAUGUUUCAUGUUAUUUCUUGAUUAAAAUUGAAUUUAUUCAAAUAAAAUUUUAAGCAUUGAAACCACCAGCAAAGGUGAAAAGUAGGGCUUGAAAAAUGUUGUUUGUAUCACAGGUAGAUACAUAAUUUGAUAAGUAAAGCUUGAAAAAAAUAUUAUUUGUACCAUAUCGAGAUGCAUAAAUUUGGAUGUGUGGGACACAAAAAAAAAGGUAAUUUUAUAAUGAACAUUAAAUUUGUCAUUGAUUUUAGAGUGCUGGUCUGCUGGUCAUGACAGAUGCCAGGCUCCCUAGGCUUUACAGUAAGGAAAUGUCAUGUCUUCUUUACAUUCACGAACAGGAUAUUUGAAUAUUUCAAGAGAGGAUGUUUUAGUCAAAUGUCAUCAUAAAAAUGAUUAGAACCAACAUUUUAGAUCAGACGGUUCCUGUGAUUUAUGUUUAUGCUAAGUGUUAUAUAUUGUUGAUUAAAAACUAUCAAAUGAUUUUUGCAAUAAGGAUACUGGUAUACUUGAUUUAUUUAUAUUUUAUAUUUUAUUGAUACAUAUACUACGAACAAGAUUGUUUCACUCAUUAUUUUUUUUUUAAUAAAACUUUUUAGAUGAAAAGUUUUGUUCAGAUCAAAAAAACCACCCAUGUUUUACUGGCAUCGAGAGUGAGUGCUAUACAGAUGCCCAGAGGUGUGAUGGGAAAUUAGACUGCUUAAACGAUGGUGCUGAUGAAUGGGGAUGUAAGUAAUAAUAACAUUAAUGUCUAUGUUCAAAUCAUCUUUUACAUUUACAAUAUUAAAAGUUAGGUCUUUGAUAUAAUUGUAUUUGCAUAUCCAUUUUUAGUCAGGACACUUAUUGCAUUUUGAAGAAGUAAAAAAACAACAGAUUUUAAACGGAUCUUGGCCCUUCCAUUUUUUUCAAUCAAGCCUUUAAGAAAAAAAAUUAUUCAUAAUUCUCUUUGUGUUGUACAGUAAUCAAAGGCUGCAUAAAUGUUUUUUUAGGAAAAACGGAAACUAAUUGGCAAUAUUUUGGUUUUGAUUCAAUACCUGUUAUGAAGAUUUCAAAAUUUAAAGCUCUGAAUAUUGUUAAAUAAAUUGAUUUAUUAUAGUUUAUGUCACUGCAACCCUGAUUUUGGUAUGAAAAUUGUACACUCAUUGGCAUAUAUUUCUGCCAAUUAUCAUAGAGCUAUAACAUUUAUGAUUGGCACUGAAACUUUUUAUAAAUGACCACAUCCAUUUGCACAUGAUGUACCACAUAUACAGAUGCUGAAAGACGGGUUACAAAAUAGUUGUUCAGAAAUCCAAGGAUUUUUGCAAUUUUCCAACAGAAUGAAUCAAGUAGUUUAAAUAUGAUCAACAUAAAUCUAUUUCAGGUUAUUGAUUUAACACUUGGUUUAAAAAAAAUAAUUCUUUUUUUUUAAAGGUGUGUUUCCAGAAUCAAGAGAAGUCCAUAAUUCAGCCAUGGAUAGAGUGAGUAGGGUGAUGCGAUUUUAUGACAACAGUUCAUGGGCUUGGCAAGAAAUCUUUGUGAAGUGAGUACUUUUUCCAAAUAUGACAUAAAUGCUUCAUUUUUGUCAUUACCUUAAAAUUCAACUUAAUAGUGGAGCUUUUAAGCAUGCCUUUUUGUAGAUGGAGUAUUGAUUAUUUUGGCUUAUUUUCUAAUAGACCCGAUGGACGUGUUGAUUUUCGUGUGGAUGUACCCAAAUAUCCAUUGUCUUGGGUGAUAAAUGGUGUGUCUGUCAGCAGGGAGCUGGGAUUGGGUAUCAUGUUAAAACCUGUCAGGGUAAGAUACUUAGCUUUGGUUGACAAAAAAUAAACAAAUAAUCCUAUGUCAUUAUAAUUUUAUAUAAUCCUGGACCAUUGACUUAACUUGCCAUGAUGAUUUAUUUCUAAAAUGUUCAAUUUAAAGCAAAGAAUUAGUUGUAAAAAAAAUUAGCAUUUCUUAAUGUUCAAAAACAAAAUAAAUAAGAUGUCCUUUAUAUUAUGCUUUAAGUAUGAUGCUGCGCGGUAUAUGUACAUGCAAGUGGAACAUCCCAAGCAUAUUGUAAGAGGGGAGCAAAUCGGUGUCCGAGUCACUGUUUUCAAUUACUGGUAUGAUGAUGACUAUCUUGAGGUAAUUCUAUCGGAUUUGUUCUUGUAGCUAGGUUUUUGGAAGACUUUGUUUUUCUAGCAAUAUUAUAUAUCAGAUUGUUUUACUGUAAUUUUAGUUUAAUAUCUUUUCAGAUAUGUUUUUUCUCCCUAACUUUUUUGUUUGUUUUUGUUCAAGGUUUUGAUCACAAUGCAUGGAAGUGAUGACUAUGACUUUGUUACAGUGGGUGAUAUGGGAUAUGUAACUUCUUACACCCCACCAACACACAAGGGCGACCAUCAAACUAUAGUCUUUGUGAGUUGUCACUUCAGUAAAAACAAAUAAUUCAAUUAAACAUUUUUAUUUGUUAAAUUUUUAACCCAGUAAAAUCCAUUUUAACACUCUGCCAUCUAAUGUUUACAAAUGCAAUCAUGUUUUAAAUAUUCACUUCUAUAUUCAGUCUUAUGGAGAGUUUUUUGUUUAAAUUCAUAGGUCUUAACAAUUCUGUAUCGUUAUUCUAUAUUUAUAUAUUUUGUCCCCUUCCAAAUUACAGUUAGAACCUGGUGAAUCCAAAGACAUUUAUAUGCCUAUUGUUCCGAAUAAAAAUCUUGUACGGGGCAAGCUCACAUUUAGGGUAUCUGCUACUUGUUUCAUGGAGAAAGAUCAAUAUGAAGGAAUUAUGUAUGUGAAGGUAAUGAAACAUUUUUUUUUAAAAUUCAUUGCUACUGUAAAUACAUCUUUUUAGUUUUGUGUUAGCUCUUCUUUGAACUUGGCUCCUGUUAGAAAUUUUAACAAGAUAUAUCUGAAUAUCUAUUCUAAUUAUUUUCAUCAAUUAAUAAUUUAUUGAGCUGCUAGGCCUUUUUUUAAAUGAUGACAGAUCAAUGACAUAAAUGUUGAAGCUUAGUGUAAUCUCUUCAUUUUUUGUGUUUGUUUCUUUCAGCCUGAUGGAGUCAUGAAUUACUACCACACACCCUAUCUCAUUGAUUUGAUUCGUUUUGGUUCAAUUCAAAUUCCUCAAUAUGAUGUACCAGUACCUGAGCAGUUCAGAAAGCUUGAAGUCCGAGAGAAUAUGUAUGUACCACAGAGUCCCGAAGCCGUUGUAUCUUUAUUUGGUGAGUUUUUUUUGUUGCAUUUGAUUUUAUCAAAAAAGUUUUUUUUGUUCCAAGUUGGUGCAAUGGUGGUUGAAGUCUCAACUGCACCAAUUUAUGAGCAACAGUCUGCACAAUGGUUGGAGCAAAUGGUAUAUAUCUUGAAAACCUUAUUAGAAUGUGACUACUGACUUCCAAGACUACAACAAUGUCAGUUUUCUUACCAGUUUUUUUUUAUGACAGCUUUCUGUAUUUGUUUAUUUGACUUAAUCUCUGCUAUAGAUUGUUAGAAAUAUUGUUUAUUUUGAUUUGUGGAUUAUAAUGAGCAGUGCUCCUUUUUAAAAUUUUGGUAAUCUUUUUAUUUAAAUUUGUUUUUAAUGAAAAUGUUUUUGCUUUAUUUUAGGUGAUGUUGUCACACCAGGUUUCUUCCAGGACUAUCUGAAUGCAGAGAAUACCCUUUUGCGUCCAUAUGGUGGUGGAGAAAUGAUAACAUUCAACUUUGCCUACAAUUUGUUGACACUCAAGUUCAUGAAAGCGUCACAGCAGUUGGGUGAUGAACAGCUUGUGAAGUCACUGACAGAGAUGAAUAUAGGUAGUUGCAGUACUCAGAUGUUAUAACACACUCAUUUAAAGCUAUACACUGAAAACCUGGAACAGAUUCUGAAUCAAUGUUUGAUCCACAAACGUGUCCCAGUAUAGAUUAUAUUCUCUCUACAGUACAGGGCAAAAAUUUGCAAUGGUGGUUUGUGGGCUGCAUUAUUUUUAUUAAUUAAUUCAUAGCACUGGUGACCCUUUAAAUUGUAUAAAUGUUGGAGUUUUCUUGGACUGCAGUUAAACAAAAACACUUCCAUUUCAAAGAUUUUAUGAAAUAAGAAAAAACUGUACUUGUCACAAAAUGCAACAGCCAAUUAUUUAUUUAUUUAUUAUUUUUAAAAAAAAAAAAAAUAUUUUCAGUUUCCACUGUAUUACCACACUAAAACAGUGUUUUUUAAAAUUAGUAGUAAAAAACCAAAUUAAAUUUUGUUCUGGCCUAUCAUUCAUCAAUAAACAUAGUUCUAAUUCUUAGUAUUUCUUCACUUAGUAAAUCUUUUGUUAAUUUUUUUCUCUUCUUACUUAUUUUGUCCACCAUUAUGUAAGUGGGUGACACAUUUUCUGUUUUGUUGAGUUUUUUAAAAACUUUUUCACUUGGAAAUCCUGAUGAUUAACUAAGAAGUAAGAAAGCACCACUAUCAUUCAUAUUCAAUUUAUCAAUGCCUGUAAUAAUUAUGGAAGGAUGUGCUGAGGCAGGCCAAAGCCCUACAUGGGCUGUAGCGCCACAGUAAUGGAUGUAAUUAUUGUUGGGUUUAUGUUUUUGCCUAUGCCUAUACAAUACUAUUAGAAAUUAAUUUCUCUUAUUCUUUGCAGCUUUACAGCGUAUUCUCAGCUAUAUGAAUGCCACAGAUGGAUCCUUCAAGAUGUUCAGAGAUGAUACAAAACCUAGUCUAUGGUAUGGGACAUUUUGAAACAAUAUGACAAAUCCAAUACCGAGGAGUAGAGAAGAGACAUUGGAUAUUUAUUAUUUUUAUUAAAAGAAAAAAAAAUUAAUUUUAAUACAGUUGUUAAGUACCUGUUAAGUUCUUACAUCAAGGUUAACAAUUAGUGAAAUUUUGGUGAAUGAAAGGAAAACAAUUAAGUAUUUCUGCUUAUAAAAAUGUCAUUAUUUUGUCUCAGGCUGACGGCUUUUGUUGCCAAAAUUGUUCAUGAUGCUAACUUUGGGGAGUGGGAACGUGAUCUAUUCAUUCCUCGAGAGCUGAUAAAUAAAGUUGUCAGCUACAUUUGUUCAAGGCAGAAUGAGUCUGGUGCAUUUGUUCCUGAUGAAAAUGAUGCAACAUAUGACAGAAAAAUGGUAAGUUACUUAAAACAAUGGAUUAUAAAGAAAAUACGUCCUUCAUAAUUGUGUAAGACAUCAGAAUGAUGUUAAACAAUUUGCUUUGAAGUACUUGAUUAUAUUACAUUUGCGAAAUUUUAAACCUUUUAAAACACUUCUCAUGAGCUUUGUUUUUAUGUUUGAUAAAUUUCAAUUGUUGACAUCAAAUCUAUCUCUCCGCUUAUACUAAUAUAUACUAAUACUAAAGUCAAAAUUCAAACUAGGCUCACAAAAAAUUAAUUUGUCAUAGUUGGUGGAUUUGCUUAAAAAUGUCAAAAUAUGUCUUAAUAAAAUGUCAUAAUUCAAAUUUAAAAUUUAAUAUAAUUACCAAGGAUGGAAGGAAAAAAUUUAAUUAAGAUAAUGAGAUUUAAAAUUAAAUCAUAAAUGAGGAAAGGUCUCCCUUAUUCGACUUUCUGGUUACAAAUUUUCCAUAUUUUAUAAGUUUCUUAUUUUCCAUAUUUUAAAAGUUUCUAAUUUUCCAUUUUUACAAAUUUCUUAUUAUAAUUUUUACUUUUUAAAAAUGCUCUUAAAAUCCAUUUCUAAAAAUAUGUAGUAAAUGGUAUUUAAAAAAUGCAGUAAAAAAUGUAGUCAUUCGAGCUGUAUCUUGAAUAAUCAUCCAUCCAUCCAUCCAUUCAUCCAUCCAUCCAUCCAUCCAUCCAUCCAUCCAUCCAUCCAUCCAUCCAUUCAUCCAUCCAUCCAUCCAUCCAUUCAUCCAUCCAUCCCUCUGGCGCUACAGCCCAUGUAGGGCUUUGGCCUGCCUCACCACUUCCUUCCACUCAGACCUAACUAAUGCCUUUCUUUUCCAUGCUUGGACUUUCAGCUGCUGUAGAUCUUUUUCUACAUGAUCUAUCCACCUAAGCCUAGGUCUGCCUUUGAGCCUUUUUCCUCUAGGGUAUUGGUGAUGCACCCUCUUUGUUCCUCUGUCAUUUGGCAUUCUCUCUAGGUGUCCUGCCCAGCGUAGCCUGCCUUAAUAAUCAAAUUCAUCUAAAUUCAAACCAUUUAUUGUGCAGGCUUUUUAAUUUAGUAGGUCUCUAAGAUGGCAUGGUCAAUUUUUUAUGCAUCUAUUAAGAAAAUUGAAGCUUAAAUUUCAUAAAUAAAAAAAAAUACUGGACUCUGGUGAAAAAAUGUAUAUUAUUUGCUCUUAUAUUGUUUAAAAUUUUCUUGUUUUCAUUUAGACAUCACUAGAAAGUCUGAGAGGAGACAAACUUCAUUCUCACCCCAUUCCUCUCACGGCCUACGUCUACAUAACCUUACAUGAAACGACUGAUGUGUCUGAGGUAAGUUUGAUAAAAGCUGCACUGAAUGUAUCUGCAGGGAUUUAUGUAAAAAUAAUGAUUGUGUGGGGUAAACAAUCAUUGUAAUGAACUCACAACUAAUUUUUUUUUUAUUCUCUAUUUUCCCUCUCAGGAAGCUGCAGCUUGUGUGGACACUGCGAAGAGAAAGGCUGCUAAAUACCUGUUUGAAAAUGUUGAUAACAUUCAGGAAGUGUUCCACAUGGCUAUCACAACAUAUGCACUCACCCUUAGCCAGUAUAGGAGUCCAUUCGAAAAGCUAUGGAGCAUGAGAAGGAAUGACUGUAAGUUAAAUGCUUUAUCUCACUUCUCAUAUUAGACAUGCAAUAAUUCAGGAAUUUUAAUCUUGAAUCUAAGCGUUGUGAUGAAAUACUAAUUUAACAAUUUGAAAAAGGGGCUAAGUAUUCUAUCCCCUAAUUAUAAUCAGUUGAUUUUUAAAAGAACUUACUGUUCUGUGUUGUAGGAAAAUAAUAUUUUUGUGUGUAGCUCAGCAGAAGAAGAUACGUUUUAUACAUUGAAAUUUUAUUUAAUGUCUUGACUCUUUGUGCUCUAAUUCCAGCUGACUUUGUGUACUUUGCUGAGGAUGUUGUUUAUGAAAACCCGUCUGACUUCUUGAAUAAUGUGCGCUAUCUCAAACCAAGGCAGGAGUUGAUGAACGAUGCCUAUUCUGUACAAUCAACUGCAUAUGCUCUGAUGGCCCACAUAAAUAACAACAAGGCCUUGAAGUAUGAACGUGAGAUGAUGAUGGCUUGGCUCAACACAAUGAGGAACUCUAUCGGUGGCUUCGCUUCCACACAAGUACUUAAAUCAUUUAAAUCAUUUAUUUUAUGUAUAAUAUAAUCUAAAUAAACUAAACAUUGCUUUAAUGAUCAUGGGCAUGGGCGCCCGCAGGUAGGGGCAGGGGGGGGGGGGGCACUUCCCCCCCUGGAUUUAUUGGAUAAAAAUUUUUUAGACAAAAAUAGACAAAAAAUUUAUUAAAGUAAAGAGAAAAUAAAGAGAAAGUAACUAAGCUGCUGUCCUGUCGGUUCGUUCACCAUACAAAUACGCUACAGUAAAUUAAAACUAUAUUAAAACAUUACUAAAAAAAAUUAUCAUGGGCGUCAUGAAUUUGGGUGGGGGUGGGGGGUGGGGGGAUCUAGUGAAAUUAUAAUGAAACUGAGACAUACUUUUAUUACUUCUAUGUGUAGUUCCCUUUAUAAUUACCGUAACUAACUUCAGAUUUAAAAUGGUGGGGGGGGGGUGGGUAUGUUGAUACACUUUCUUUAACAUUGGAUUUGCAUAUAAUCAGAGUAAAUCUGAGCACUGAUUGAAAACUUCUUACAAUUGCAAAUAAUAUCGUAAGAAUUCAAACAGUUAAUAUUUAAAGAUGUAGCUUAUCUCCUUUUGCAAUUUUUACAUCAAAAUGUUAAAAGCAUUAAAACUAUGCACACAGACAUUGUGAUCAUACAUAUGUAAAUAAAUACGUAACUGCUUGUUCCAGGACACCAUCCUUGCAAUGGAGGCCCUUUAUAUGUUUACUCAAGUGGACCCCCAUCGAAAUGUGUAUGACCUCAAAACAACUGUUGAGUCUACGGCCUCACCAAACUGGCAAGUGAAUUUCAAUCUGAAGAAAUUGGACUACAUUAAUCUGAAGACAUUUAGUGUAAGUUUUGAAAACGUUCAUUAGUUUGUUAGCAAAUAAUUUAUAAUUUUUUACAAUGCUACAGUAGAGGUUCUAUAAUUAUUGUUUGCAUAAUAAUGAUUGCCUGUAAUUCAUGUAUAUGUAUCAAGUUGUAUAUAUAUGUAUCAGACGUGUAUAAUUUGUAAGGGUUAACCUUGUAAAUCCAAGGUAAGGUUUCUUAAUAUUUCAUGGGGGGGGGGGGGGUAUAUGUAGUUUUUGGUUUUAAUCCAAUAAAUUUGAAUUGAUUAAAUGUGCAUAAUUCCUUUGUUUCAUUCCUUUGUUUUUGUUAAGAAUAAGUGAUUAAAAAAAAGUUAUCCCAAGUAUUGCUUGUAUGUUUAUCAAUAACAAUAAUUUUGUGUGUUUUGUUUAGCUUCCCAGAGACCGUGUUUGGGGUUUUAUUGUGCCCAACUCCCAAGGAACUGGCAGAGCUCUGCUGCAGGUGACUAUUUAACUCAAGAGUUAACUAGGGAGAAACUUUUUGUUUACAUUUACUACAGUGUCCAUUUCAGGCAAGGUUGAGAACUUAUCAUCAAAAUAUUUGUUUAAAACAGCAAGCUGUGUUUAUGCUUGAUUUCAGUCAACCCAUGUUCAGCAAUUUCAAAUUAAUCUAAUUUGAAGGAUUAUAAUGGAUGAAAUAUCUUGUUUCACUAUUUAUAAUCUAAUGAAAUAGAUGCCUCUUCGAUUGAUCUCUUUUGCAAAUAUCUGUUGGGAGUUUUUAUAAUUGGAAAUGGGAAAAGAAGACAGCAUAUCAACAAAAACUUCCAUUUUGAAAAUAAUCUCAUCUCAAUUAAUACAGAAGGUUUAUCUAUAUAAAAAAAAAAAGAAUUUGAAGAAAAAAAAAGGGUACAAUUAUUUCCUUGUUGAUUUAUAUCUUAAAUUUUAACUAUAUCACAAAGACAACUGUUUUCGUAAUGCUGGUUUAACGAAGUACAGAAUCAUUUUUCGAUUCUAAUUUGAGGCUAAUUUCUCUUUUCACAUAUUUCAAAAUUUGAUAACAUAUGUAUGGUACCAACAAAAUAUUUAUUAACAUGCACUGUUUGGCUUAGUCUUAAGGCAAUAUUUCUUAGGGGCCUUUCUAUUUUGUAUUUCCCCACAAAAAAAAGCCUUAAAAUUGUUUUAAUGAUUUAUUUACAUAUUCAUAUAUUGUAAACACAUUUUCUCUGUAGUACUUAAUUUCCUUGUUGCCAUGUUGCGCCCUUAAUAAUAUAAAAAUAUGAACAAUGCUGUUCUCUCAUCCAGCUAACGACCACAGUAAAUGUAGAGUACAUGUGGCUUCAGAAACAACCGAUGCGUGAAGGUAAUAACUUCGGGUCAGAUCCAAUCAAAUUCUUUGACCUCAUCGUUGAUGAACUCAGGUUCAGUGGCAGAAACGACUCCAUUAUGGAAAUGACUAAUUGUGUCAGGUUGGUGUUUAAUCUCUGAACUCUCAGACUACCUUAGUAUUGCUAGUAUUCUAUUGACAAUUAUUGCUUUAAUUUUAGGGAAAUUAAAAUGUUGACAAACAAUGCCUAAUAGAUAAUGUAUAACACAUAGAAACUAAUAGUAAAGAAUAAAAGUAUAAUAAAGUUCUGUUAUGAGAACUCUAAUUUUUUAAUUUUUAUGUGCUUUAGCUGGCUUUAUGAAGAAAAGAGUAAGACCUCAGGUUUAGCUGUCCUUGAGGUGGAUAUCCCCACGGGCUAUGUGGUUAUGAAUGACACGCUGCGAGAUUAUGUCCGCUCUGGUGUUGUUCCUAACUUGAAGAGGGCAGAGCAUUAUGACAGAAAAGUCAUCUUUUACUUUGAAUACGUAAGUGGUAUAAAUAUUAGGAAAAAAAAAUGGUUCUAUGUACUUUGAUUUGUUUGUUUUUUUAUUAAACCCUUGCUUUCUAUAUAAGUUAAUCCAUAUAAAAGGAUGGUAUCUGUGUCGGAGGGGGCAUAAGCCUUAUGUAUUAUAAAUUGAAAAUAUAAAUAUUUGAAAUGCUUGUUAUCUUUCGGUAACAUAAAUAUGAAGAAUUUAGGAACUGCUUUCUUUUUCAGCUGGACGCAAGCAAAACAUGUGUUUAUUUCCGUGCAGACCGCUGGUUUCCUGUAGCCAAUGCCACUAUUCAACAUCGAAUGAGGGUGUUUGACUAUUAUGAACCUGGUACAACUUUCUUUUCAAGUUAUUUUUGUUUACAAGCGUGACUACCCUUUAACAUUUUAAAGUGUUUAACUGACAUUUCAAAACCUUUUGUUUCCAUUUCAGGGUCACUCUUUAUUUGCCGUUAACUUUAAAUUUCAUAAAUUGAAUCCUAUAUAUAAACAAUAUUCACAUCUCCGCUCCUCCACUACCCUAGGUACUUUUCCAGAACACCACAAUUUUCAAAUCUAAAAAAAAAUUUUGCAUUUGUUGUUUGUGUUUUUUUUGUCAAGCGAUUUUUUAAUUUUGGUAUUUAAUUUAGGUCAACUAAGCCUAAAAUGCAGAUGGAAAGGAAAAACUGGGGGGGGGGGGGGGAGGGUCCAAGUGCUAGAAUCAUGGUUACUUCAAAAAGAACACAGUCCUUCCCAUGUUACACUAGUUCUUAAGUUAAAUGACAUGACUGUCAAGAGUAGAAGCCAGUGACUAAAUGUAUCUGCUUAUAAACACACACAAAAAGACACUUCAGAAAAUUGAUUUCUAAUUUAUUGAUUUAUUGUCAUCUAAUUCUCUGGUAUAAAUUAUCAAUUACCUUUUCUAUCCUCAGGAAUGCACAACACGACCAUGUACACAACUCGAAACUUGUUCCUUCUCAACAUAUGUUUUGUGUGUGGAUCCUAUCAGUGCCCGUACUGUCCUUACUUUAAUACGGCAACAAUCGCCAGUGCUGGUGUCAGCGUAUUUUUACUGCUGGCUUCAGUUUUUGUGGUACAGAGGUUAUUACUCAGGAACAGAUAAUUCAUUGGCUAGUUUGAUUGUUGUGUGACCUUUAGGCUGACAGAGAAAAUGAUUUGAUUGAACUGUUAAUGCAAAACUAUUUUUGUUUAAAUUUUUUAUUAUUUUUUUUACAAAAAUAUUGUUUUGCCCAUUUGCCCUGGAUAGUUUUUAUAAUGUUUCAUCAUCCAUUUAAAAAAUAGCAAUAGUUCGUCUUUAUAAAUUUUUUAUUGAAAUCUUUAUUUCAUAAAUUAUUUGAGAAUCUCACAAGUGAUCUUUACAUCCAAGGUGAUAAUUUAAUAACAGACGCUAGAUGGAAGAUGGUAUUUCUGUGGUUAUUUAAUGCUUCCAUGAAGAAACCAUCAGUUGUUGAUUUAAUGACCAAUAAUUGCAAAUUAUUGCAUAAAUCGAGAGUAAAACAAUUAUGAUUGGCUAUAUACAGCUGGUUAUCCUUAGCAAAUCUCCUGAUGUAAUGUGUGUGCUCUAUGAAAUUUUCAUUUUGUACCUGCAAAAAAAAUUUACAACCAUUAAGUUGUUUCUUUAAAUAUUCUGAUGGCAGCAGGUCAGUUUCACUUGGGAAAAACAUAUCAAAUAAAAAUAACUUGUUAAUGCUUUUAAUUGGUUUACUCAGAAUUUGAGCCACUAAUAUGUGUUUAAAAAAAAAAAGAGAAAAAAAAAAAAUAUGUCAAGGUAAAUAUUUGUCCACUUUGAAAUUUAUCAAAUUUACUGCAGCAUAAAGUACGUUGAUUGUUGUCAUUAACUUUCAAGCACAUAUCACUUUUUUUUUCUUUUGAAUACAUUAGAAAACAAUGGGAUUGGUGCGCAAUAUGUGCACAGUCUAUGUUCUUAAAACAGUGAAGAUUAUUCUUUGUUAUCAAUACAUUCCAUAAUAAUUUCUUCAUGUAUUCAUGUACAUAGUGACUGUAUAAAAUAUAUUUUGUAUAAUGUUUACAAUAAGUACAAUUCCUUAGAUAAAAUAUAAUUAUAUGGAAAAUGUGUGUAAGUUGAUGGAUUUAGUGUUGAGCGUACCUGUAUAAAAGUUGACAGAGUAUCAUAAUGACCAGCCUUGUUAAAAUGUGUCCAUUAAAUUGUUGAAUUCAUUCUUUUUUAAAGCGGAUUUGUACAUAAAUAUGAACAUUUACCAAAAUCAGAUCUGAAGAUAUUGUUAUAUCCAUUUCAUAUUGAUGCACGCAUGGAGUUGUAGGAAAGAUGGUGAAAUUACAUAAUUGUGUUUCUAUCUUGGAGGAUUGCACAAAUCCAUUUCUCCCAGUGAGAGUGUAACCAGUUAAAAAGGUGAAUUUAAAUGAAAUGUUGUCAUGGUGAAUAAAAGGGGCCGAAAUCUGUAAUUUGACACACUGUUGGUGUAAGCGCCCCUUGAAUAGUUUUCUCUACUUGAGGCAGCUAUGCAACAAACAGUUUUUUUUUUUAUUUAAGUACUGUAAAUAGCUCAAUUAACUAUGUACAGAUUUUUUUUUACUAAAGUUUUAGGUUGAAGUGAACCACUUUUUUGAAAUUUUAAUGGAUAAGCUGUCUUUAUAAAAAAAAAGAUAUUGUGUUUUAAAUAUUGACAUGUAUAUACUAGAAUAAAAUGCCUUUCCCAAUUUUCAGUUAUAUUUAGAAAUAUUUCAUUUAGCAUUACAACACUAAAGUUUGUGUUCGUUUAGUGUUACAUGAGAGAUUCGAACCCAUUUUUACAACAUUCUUUUAAUAUUGAAACCAAAUAUUAAAACUAGAACUUCAAAAUUAAAAAGAUCUAUGAUCUUAUUUCUUUAAAAUAAUAGGAACAAGGGAGAUUUUCUUGACAAUAUUGUGCCAAAUUUUGGGCAUCACUUUCUCGUGGAUGUAUUUGAAUCAGAAACGUAUUUUGUUGCUAGCAACCAUAAAAGCCUAUAUUUUGCAAUUUACAUUUCUCUAUACAUUCUCUAAUUCCCUGAUUUGUAUGAAUAACUAAAAAAAUAAAAUGCAG